CUCUCUCUAUUUGAAGUCCAACAUGGCGCCUGGCAGGAAGCUAAAACGCGUGGCAGCCUCGCAACCAGGAUUUUUAAGUUUAAAGAACUUGGAUCCCAAAAGCGGGAUUAGCACUCGAAGGAAACGUGUUAACAAGAAUAAGAAAAAGAACUGGAACAAAUACAGCAAUAUUGAUGACGUGGAUGAUUUCUUAGAGGACGUCAGACAUCAAGAAAGGACCGGUGGCUUGUUGUCCGAGAAGCCUGAUGAUAGUUUAUUCUUUUUGGAUGCUGGACCGAAACCAAAACAUGUCCCAAAAGUGCCGGAUCAGGUGGAGGGGAAGAAGAGGAAAGGAAAGUUGCAGCGUCCUCUCAGGAUAGAUUUGAUCCUGCAGCAUGACUCCCACAUACCACCAAUUAAAGAUGUGUUAUCCCACCAACAACCCAAUGCCAAGAAACUUCGUCGUUCUGCCCAGAAGGCAGAACAUUUGGCAGCCAAGGGCAUUGUGACGCGGACGCAGAGGAAGCAGCUCAACAGAAAGCCGUUGAUCAAAAGAGACAAAAAGUCUGUGACAGAGGCCAACAACAACCCAAACAGAGACUAUUUUGACAUAUGGAGUCAAGAACCGUGUGACACAGCCAAAGAUUCAGGAGAUCCAUGGUACCUUCAGCAGACAGGCAAGAAGCGAGUCAAGCGCCCAGAACAGUUGAAUAAGAAGCCGUCUGUGCUCCCUGCGGUGGAAGUGAUUGCUCCUGGAGGUUCCUACAACCCAGACUUCUUUUCCCAUCAGGCUUUACUGCAAGAGGCCCACGGGGUGGAAGUAAAGAAACAGAAGGCGGAAGACAAAAUUAACAAACGCUUGGCUGUCAACAAAGAAGACCUCGUGACUGCGGAAAACAUAUUUCAGGAGCAAGUGGAAGGCCUGGUGGAAGAAAGUGAAGAAGAAGAAGAAACAACACCCAUUGAGGAGAGGGAGGAAGAUGGGGUUGGAGGUGGAGCCAUCGUACUGGCAGAGAAGAAGACAGAGAAACAAAGGAAAAAACAGAAGGCAGAAAAAAUAAAGGAGCAACGGAGGAAGGCCGUGAGAACCCUGGCUAGCAAGCGACAGCAGCUUUUCCAGAUUCGCUCCAUCAGAGCCGCCGUCAAAACGCUAGAACAGAGAACCUUUGCGAGGCAGAAGCUACGGAAGGCCAACAUGGAGGCCCAGAAAGCACAGCCCAGGCGCCUGGGUAAACUCAAGUUUCAGCCUCAGGACCUUGAGGUCAAGCUGAGCGACGAGCUUGCCAGUACGCUACGGCAACUAAAGCCAGAGGGCAGCAUCAUCCAGGACCGCUUCAAGAGUCUGCAGAAGAGGAACCUCAUCGAACCCAGAGAGCGAGCCAAGUUCACGAGGAGGUACAAGCUGAAGUACGUGGAGAAGAGAGCUUUUAGAGCGAUCACUUAGCGCCGCCGACCACCGGAGCAAAGCCAGAGAAGAUGUAAAAGCCACAUAAUGGAACCACGUGUAUAUACCACGCAAUGGCUUUUCAGACAAUAGGACCAUUUUGACACAAUCAUGCCACUUCAAUCAGAAAUACUGAAAAUCAAGUAUUUUUGUUGUUUGUCAGGAGGUGUAAGUUUGUCCAUUAAAGCCCUUAAAAGAGUGCUUUACAUCUAAGCUCAGUCAGGCAAAUAUGUUGCAGUUAAAGGUUAGAAUUCGCCCUGUUUGCAGAAAUGCUUAAAUAAACUAAA